AUCUUUUUCAAGAAUGUUUCUUUCCCAUUUCCACCCAACAAAUGGAUUUCAUUCUCAUUAUUCUCUUAAAAAAAUUAAAAAAAAAAUCCCCUAGUGAUAUUCAAAAACAAAAAAGUAUAUCUUUUAAUGCAGUUGCAUCGUUAAGGGCAUGAUCUUUGUUUAUACUAGCACUUAAAGAUCAUGUCUUUCAACGUAAUAAGAGCAACACUACGUAUCACUUUAUUCUUGGGAGCUACCAUGUUUUUUCAGUGUAUACCAGCGACUACCAUGGAUGCAAGUUGAUCAUAUUAUAAUUUAAAGUGCAUUCAGUGUAUAUAUAUCGCUGGAACUUAUUCUUUUUCCUUUUUUUAGCGCAUACCAAAGGCUUUCAGUGCCAAGUUCAUCAAUGCAAAUAUAGUAAGAAAGACUGCUCUUGUGGAUCAUGAAGGAAACUCUUGGGAUGUUGAGUUAAAGAAGAUGGAGGAUGGAUUAUUGGUCCUCAAGAAUGGAUGGAAAGAGUUUGCUAGAGACAAGUGUUUGGAACAAGCUGAUUUCUUGGUCUUUGAGUAUGAUGGCAACUCCAAGUUUCAUGUGAAGAUAUUUUCCAAAAGUGGAUGCAGAAAAGAAGCUGCAAUUAGUGGGAAACUUAACCCCGUUAUGAUCUCGGAUGAUGAAGAUUCUGAUCUUCAGAAUAGUAAAAGAAAGCAUGAGCGUGGCCUUAAAAGGAAACUUUCACCAAUCACGGCACUCAAAUUAAACCAGAAAUCUCACUCAAAAAAGGGAACUACUGUACGGAAAUCCAAAAGAGUUAAGAAUGGGGCAAAUGGUAGCAACUGUGAGAGCAAGGCAUCUGGUCUUGUGAAGUUCGUUCCCCUGAAGGACCCUCAUUUUGUGACACCUAUGUCACACUGGAGAAUGAAGAAAAUGGAAAUUCCUAGAAGAGUAACAAAGGAAUUGAACAUCAGCCUAAAAUCAGGGAUUAUGCUGCGAGACGAGAAUGACAAGCUAUGGCCAGUGAAGAUCGUCACCGGGGAUCGCGGACGCUGCUAUUUCGCAAAAGGGUGGUCUAGUUUCUGGAAGGCUAAAAGUGUUGAAGAGGGCAACCUUUGUGAUUUCAAGUUUGUUGUUGGCAAAGAGAAUAGAGCUGAGGAACUGCUUGUGAGAGUACACUCACAUUAAAUGAUAAAAAACAACUACCAAAAUAUGGUGUCUUCUUUAGUUGAAUUAAGUAUUGGUCUCGUUUCAUAGUUUCAGACAGUAUCAUCAUAGUGUUGUUGCGUCUCUAGACAGUAGGUUAUUUCAU